GUGUCAUUGCAGAAUGUUGUCAUCUGUCAUUUUGUCUUAUGUUUCGUUGUAUUGUUUCUUGAUUAUACUACUAGUUUAUUUGAGAGUGAAUUCUUUUCCCGCUGCUUAACCUGCUUAAAGUCAUCAGGUUAUGUGCCCAGUUGGCAAAGAAAGAUAAGCAGCAAAAGCAGAGAGCGAAACUAGUAGGAGAACGUAAAUUAAGUAACGGCCUUGAAACGAUCAACGACUCGAUAGCGUUCUUGAAGAAAAUGGCUGACGGUCAGAGUAGAAUAGGGUAUUCCACGAUUUUUUUUUUAAUGCACUACACGAAAGAAUAUCGUCUACAAAAUGCGAAGAUGUGGUCAAUAUUUUUUUUUUACUUUUCAAUAACUCAAAAAAAAAAAGUUAAAUUUAAAGUAAUUUUUUCCCGCGGUUAAGUUGUGCAUUACGUACGUCAUGAUGACGUACGUAAUGCUGACCAAUGGGAUCAGCGUAGCGAUGUGGCAACUCGGCUCACGUUGCUUUAAAGUUAGACGACAUCGGUAUUUAGCCAUCUUGAAUUCUUGUUGGGUUAUGAUAGGUUAGGUUUAUUUAUGUUUGGUCGAUCUUAGUGUUAACGUUUUGUAAUUUGCUCUCAUUGAUGCUUAAAAUAAUUUAAAAAGUCAGUCGUUUCCAUUAUUUGACAUUGUUUGUUUAAACACGGUGAGUAGAAUUGGCCGUUUAAUAUUUACCACUUACCAAAACCUUUUACAGCGACUUACAACUUAAAAUUGUGUAGGAAGAUUAUCUGGGAAAAUACGGCACAGAAUAAAUAGUCACAAUGGAAAGUGAAUAUGAGCAAGCUACUUCUACCAAUCUCCCUGUAGUUGAUGAUGUAAUGAUAGAUUUGUAUUAUCGAAGAAAUGUGAAUUUUCUGAUACCAGGUGUUGAAAAUGUGAAAACCGAACGUGGAGCUCGUGCAACUUACGGCGACGAUGCUGUUGGUUAUGUGCAGUUGAGACGACACGAUGAGAUUUGUACUGUCAAAGCUUUGAUUGCACCAGAACAUAAAGUUCGCCUAAAAGGCUAUGAAGUUUCAGUAAGAAUAAAUGAGUCUGAACAAUGCAUAAUUGACUCAAAAUGUUAUUACUGUGCUGCAAGUGAAGGUGGUUGUAAACAUGGUGUAGCCUUACUGUUCUGGUUAUACAGACGUACCUUGGAGCCUUCAGUGACUUCUGUUGAAUGUUAUUGGAGGAAGUCUACUCUGUCUAAAGUUGGCAGUACUAUAAAAGGGCAAAGAAUGAGAGAGUAGUUUAAUUUUUGGCAAGUUCCUUCUUUACCAACAAAAGGAACGGCAUUUUUGGACAAAGUAAUUUCUACCGCAUUAAAAUCAGAUAGUCAUUCAAUUCUUGCUACAAUGUAUAAGAGUGAAGUGAAUAUUUUGGAGAAAGCUUCGUUGUACCAUUUAUGUCUUUCUUAUAAAAAAACGACUGAUGCACCAAAUGCAGAAGACUUCAUAUCGUUUUGCCAAAAUAAUUUAAAUAGUGAAAUUUGCAAAAGUAUAGAUACUUUAACAAUAUUGCAGUCACAAUCUAAAGCCUGGUUUGAUGUUAGAUAUGCGAGAAUAACAGCUUCAAAGCUGCAUGAAGUUGCUCACUGCAAAACUGUUGAUGGAGCUACAACUGCUGCAGUUCUGGCAGCAUCAAAAUUUAGAGGAACAAAGACCAUGAAAAGAGGCCUUAACCUUGAAGAAGAUGUCUUAAAAGUCAUAGCUGAGGAGAAAAAUAUUAAAUUAGAAAGAGUAGGAAUGACCAUAAAUCAUAUGUACCCAAUAUUUGGUGCCUCGGCAGAUGCAAUGUCUGAUAAAUAUUGCGUUGAAAUAAAAUGUCCAAUAAAGACAAAUACUGUAAAAAAUUACAUUACGCCAGAGGGUGAAAUAACUCCUAAACCAUAUGCACAACUGCAGCUGCAAAUGUUUCUUAGUAAAAAACAAUGGGGUUUAUUUUGCGUUGCAUCUCCAUCUUUUGAAACGGACAGAAAUGUGACUAUAAAGGAAAUUCCUUUGGAUGAAAAUUUUUGUCACAAUGUAAUGGAGCAGGCACAAGCUUUUUGGAAAAAACCGAUUUUUCCAAUUUUAAUUAACUGAUGUUUUCAAUAAUUAUACUUAUUUAUUUCAUAAUUAUUUCUUAUUCAUUUCAAUAAUAAAUAAAUCUAAAUCCCGUUAUACCCCAAUCCCCUAGUAUCAAUAAAAAAAAGU